AUGUCGUCGGAAACACUGGUGCAAGAGUUACGGGCGACGAUUGACAAGCUGGAAAACCGGGUGAAAGAUGUCGAGGAGCGGUUGAUGGGGCAUGGGAAGGACAACUCGUCUUCGUCUGCUACAGCGACGGCGGCGAGUGGUGCGCAGGGGAUGCGAAUGAUUUUGAUCGGGCCGCCGGGUGCUGGCAAAGGCACGCAGGCACCUAAGAUCAAGGAGAAGUACCGAUGCUGCCAUCUGGCCACCGGCGACAUGUUGCGCGCCCAAGUCGCCGCCAAGACGGAACUCGGUCGGCAGGCGAAGAAGAUCAUGGACGAGGGCAAGCUUGUCUCGGACGAGAUCAUGGUGAACAUGAUCCAGAACGAGCUCAACAACAACCAGGAGUGCAAGGGCGGCUUCAUCCUCGACGGCUUCCCCCGAACAGUCCCCCAAGCCGAAAAACUCGACCAAAUGCUCACCGCCCAACAAAAACCCCUCAAACACGCCAUCGAACUGCAAAUCCCAGACGAACUCCUCGUCGCCCGCAUCACCGGCCGCCUCGUCCACCCAGCCUCAGGCCGCUCCUACCAUAAAAUCUUCAACCCACCCAAACAAUCCAUGACGGAUGAUUUGACCGGCGAGCCGUUGAUCCAGCGAUCAGAUGAUAAUGAGGUGACGUUGAAGAAGCGGUUGGGGACUUAUCAUGAGCAGACGGGUCCCGUGACGGAGUAUUAUCGGAAGACGGGGAUUUGGACCAAGGUGGAUGCUGCGAAGGAGCCGGGCCAGGUUUGGAAGAGUUUGUUGGGGAUUAUUGAGCCGAGUGCUGGUGGGAGUUUGCUGGCCAAGAUUGGGUUGAAGAAUUAG